CCGAAAGAUAUAAAUUACUAGUGCGACCGCGAGAGAAGAAAGUAUAGGGAGCUCUGUUCGUCUGUUCCUGCGUAGCUCCAAUGGCGUUGAGGAACUUCUACAACGAGAUCAGAGGACUCAAAGUGAAGGAUCUACCUAAUCAUCUGAAGCCAAUGUUCACCAACGAUUACGUGAAGCAAGCGAUCAAUAGAGGCUUGGAUAACUAUCACCGCAAAUACAUCAUGACUGACUCGAUCGAUCCGCUCUACCAUGUCUGCUUCGGUGGCAUGAUCUUCUCCUACCUUGUCGCUCUCCCCGAAGAGCGUCGUCACCUCGAACACCAGCAGCACGCCAAAGAGCAUGGCGGCCAUUAAAUCCCUAGCUCAUCAAUCGGUCGA